GGUUAGUUUCCGACCCGCGAUGAGCAGCAACAAGCACGCGGCCAAGACAGUCCAGGGCCCCGACCCGGUCCCCUCGACCCACGCUCCGGCAGCACCUGCCGACGACGGCCUGGCCGACGAGCCCACGCCCGACCACUGCUUCCUCGUAGCGUUCUGGGAAGAGGGCGAUGCCACCAUGAUGGGGGUCGUCCGCCGCUUUCUCGAGUCGGGCGACGCCGAGAGCCUGGACCUGUCGUACCUUGGCCCGGCCGGAAGCGAAGAACUGGCGACGGUGCUCCGCAUGACGACACCGCUCUCCCAUUUUGCGUUCCGCUUCAACAUGCCCGAGCAGCUCGAGCCCCUCAUGGCGGUCGCGCCGGCCUUUACACGCCUCACGAGCUUGCUCUUGGCGGCGGGCGCCGAUGCCAUGCCUGCAUAUGCGCAGCUGCUUGCUCGCCUCAACGUAACACAGCUCCGGUCGCUGCAUGUUACCUGCGGAAAUGGAGAUCCCAGUGAUAUCUCGGGUCCACUUGUGGUCCUCCCAGCGCUCGAGACCUUGACGGUGUCGUUUGGCCGCUUCCCCACCACAGGCAUGCUCCCGUCGUCAUUGCUUCCCCCGACACUCCGACGCAUCACGCUGAACAAGAUGGAGUUCUCGCCCGCGGCGUGGGGUGCGUUCGCGGUGCAUGUGGCCGCCCCGUGCCUCCUCGACGAGAUCGUCUUUUAUGACUGCACCGUUUACAUGGCCGGCGUCGAGUACCAAGUCGAGAAGUGGCUCGCGCGAUGGCUCAAGCGCGGCCUCCGCAAGCUCUCGUUCGACGGCACCACCGAGCACGCUGCGUCGGCGCUCUUGCGGGCCCUUCCGAAUACAUCGAGCCCCGUGGGCGUCGUCCUCGAUAUCGACAGUGAGCUGUCGAUGCAGACCUACCUGCUCUUUGGCGCCGCCCUCGCGUCGUGCCGCGGUGUCACGAUCACGCUCCCGCCGAUCGACGGGGACGAAAGCGUCGGGGCCGAGAUCCAAGCCAUGGCGACCAAGUACCAGAUUGCGUGCCGCCAUCAGAGCCUCCACGGCCGCGUGCACCGUCUCGCGCUCGAGAGCCCUGCGCACGCUGCGUAA